ACCACCUCCCGGUUUAUCAUUUGCGCGCUCCACAGUGUUUGCAGUAGAAUUCGAAUGAACGCAUCAAUCUAAUUCUCUCAGUGACCAGAGGAGCAUUUUAUAUUGCAACAAUAAUAACAGAAUUCAUUUCUGUCUUCGCUACAAAUAUGAAACCUACUCUGAGUGCUUUAGCUGUUUUUGUGUCAGUCGUCGGGGUCUUGAGCUUUGCAUUUCUUGUUAUGGCUAUCGGGACCGAUUUCUGGUACAUUAUUGACGCGUCCAAGUGGGAGCACAACUCUUCUAUCCACCUAAGCUCUCAUUCAGGACUGUGGAGGACCUGCAACUUCCAAAACCAGUGCUGGCCAUUCGUAAACCCAUUUGGGGGUGGGAGGAACUUCACAGAUUCUCAGAGACAACUUUUAAAUAUGCACGGGACAUUCGUCAUCCUGCUGCCCCUCAGCAUCAUCGUGAUGGUCAUCGGGGGAGUGUCCGGCUUCUUCAGCCUCCUGGCCAGAGCCUACCUGCUGCUGCUGUUCACCGGCGCCCUCUUCCUGCUCGGAGCUCUGAUCACCCUGGCUGGGAUCAGUGUGUACCUCUCCUACUCGGCCGCCGCCUUCAGGGAGGCCCUGUGCAUCUCGGGCGGGAGCACGCUGGAGGACGUGGACAUCCGCUUCGGGUGGUCCCUGGCCCUGGCCUGGAUGUCCUUCAUCGCCGAGGUCCUGACGGGCGUGGCCUUCCUCCUGGCCUCCCGGACGGUGGUGCUCCUGAGGAGGCAGGAUGAGGGGAUAUGAGGGCGGGCACCGGACUCCGGCAGGCCACGGGCUCCGCCCCCUUCAGGGCGUUGUGGGAUGCAGACGGCCCACGGGAAGGAGUGUGUAUGUUGCCGCGGUAGCAGGGCCCUCGAAACCAGGCUAUGGACCCUGGCAGCCCGUUUCCAUUCCGGUAAUUUGUGGCUAGUGACUACAUGUCUUUAAAGCUUCGUUUUGGUCUUGCCCUUUGCCUCAUUCCUGUGCAGUAUUCGUGUAGCCGCAAAUGUGUAAACAACACACAGGGAGGGCAGGAUAAAAACAGUCGCCCAGGGGAACCAAUUGAUUUGGAUCAUUUUUAGCUGGUUUUAAAAACAGUAAAAAAUAGUAAAAUAUAGGUUUUGAUUGACAGGUGUGUUACACCAAAAAAGAAAAAAAUUUGGUAUUGUUCCUGUUGUUUUUCUGGUGUUCUCUGGUUCAGUCAACAAACCAUCGUUUUCAUUAUGAUUCAGUCAUGAUUAUGACUCCACCCCUGGUCUUGGAUUUGGAUGCUGUGUGUCUCUGACUCCACUGCCAGCAAACUAAAUGACAAAUCACCAAAACAUUUGGACCAUAAUAUAGUCAGACCACUUACAGCACCACCUUUCAGUCCAGUUGAUGCGCUGAGAGCAGAUUUGACACUGCUCACCUCAUCCUCGCAACCUCCUCUGUCAAUUUGGGAAAUAGACCUAUGGAGGUACGCUAUGAGCCAGCAACAAUCCUGCGACAAUCCUGCCCCCCCCCCCCCCGAACCGCGAGGGUCUGCCGGCUCCAGCACAGUUCCGUAGCGCGUGCCACAGCCGCGCUCAAAAACGGCAGGAGGAGCCGCCCCGCAAAAAAAUCUGCUUCAACAGGAAACGCAAAGACUUCCAGAAUUAAUCAGGCUAAUCAGAGUUCCCCUGGGCCUCUUUACGGGGACUAAAGAGAUCAGGCCGAACGGGUGCACACACACGGCACACACACGGCGCUCACGCUGUACAUGUCCAAAACCUGAUUGUGUUCUGGCUACCGCAGUAUUAGCGAGAAAGCCUUUCGCCAUUCCUAGUCUCAAACCACUGAAGAAUGGACCAUGUCGUGCAGCGAGCGAGGAUUUGGUUACCUGGUGCAGCUGAAUAUGACUCACGGGUGACUGGUGAGGCAGUGUGAUGGGUCAUUUGAAAGAACACUACACAAUAACCAUGAAGAACAGAGGCCAGGAAAAAAAAAAACUCCCUGGAAUCCAACCUCCUGUCCUACUUCCCCAGAAGACAUUACGUCAUAUAAAAUUCAGAGGACAUGUGAGUAAAUUUACAGAGGAAACUGUUUCCACACCCUGUUACAUGCGUUCUGUAUGUGCAAUAUUAUGCAUUAUAGCCUAGCAGCCACUGCAUGAAAUGCCAUGUCACAUUUGAAGUAAUAUAUUGGAGCUGGAAUGCUCUCAAAAAAAAUGUGCUAAAUUGUAAGUACGUAGAGUUUGAAAAUGAUGAAAAUAGUCUGAAAACCAGGAGAUAUAUUUUCAACUUGAUGUGUGCUGGCCAUACACAAUAUAGCUGCCAAAGCUUGUGGCUUGUCUGAUCAUUUUGAUUCACAUUGAUGAUGCUUGUGAUAUUCUGAAGAUAUGAAGGUUAUGCAAGAAACAGGUCAGGAGAAAUGGCAGUA